AUGGACGCCGACGACGACGAAACUCCACUUCAACCACUCUCUGAUGCACAAUGCCACACCGACCUGCAAAAUCUCCCCUACGCCGCUGCCGGAAACCCUGGCCCCGAUACCGCAGGGGAGCUGACCGCCGCUGCCGCCGAAGAUUUCGUCGCUGUUGAACCCGAUGCGACGAUGGAGACGGCGGUUGAGUCCAACGAGGGAGUUGGAACGCAAGUGAUGUACGAGGUAAUUGAGGAGAAGGGGAACGAGGGAAACCAUGUGGAUGACGUGGCUUUGGAGAUGGAGAACGUUGAAGAGGAAGCGAAUUUGGCAAUUGAUGCGGAAGAGGACGAAAUUGGGGUCGAAAACAGAAAUGAAGAUGCUUUGAUGGAAGAAGAAGAAGACGAACAUCAACAAGGAGAGGAUGGGGAGGAGGAAGAAGAAGAACAGCAACAAGGGGAGGAGGAGGAGGAAGAAGAAGAGCAGCAACCAGGAGAGGAGGAGGAAGAAGAAGAAGAAGAGCAGCAACAAGGAGAAGAAGAUGCUGAUGCUGACAUGGUUAUAGCAGAAGAUACAGAGGAGAAGGAGGAGAAGAGUGUGAGUGGUGGGAAGAGGAAGCGUGGGGCUGGGAAGAAUGCUAAGGCUACAGGGAGAGUUGCAUCCAGAAAAAAGACGGAAGAGGAUGUUUGUUUCAUUUGCUUCGAUGGGGGUGCCCUUGUGCUUUGUGAUCGCAGGGGAUGUCCCAAGGCUUACCAUCCUUCCUGUGUUAAUCGUGACGAGGCAUUCUUUCGAGCCAAGGGAAAGUGGAACUGCGGUGUGUUUGAUAUGGUUGGCAUCUUUGCAGCAACUGUGAGAGGAAUGCUAACUAUAUGUGCUAUACAUGUACGUUUUCUUUGUGCAAGGGAUGCAUCAAAGAUGCUGUUAUCUUAUGUGUCAGGGGAAACAAGGGAUUUUGGACAAAUAGAUUUUGAUGACAAAAACAGCUGGGAGUAUCUCUUCAAGGACUACUACAUAGAUCUAAAAGGAAAACUAUCUCUAACAUUUGAUGAAAUCACUCAAGCUAAAAACCCUUGGAAGGGAUCUGAUAUUCUUCAUUCUAAAGAGGAAUCUCCAGAUGAACUUUUUGAUGCCACUAAUGAUAGAGGAUCAGAUUCAGAUAGCUCUUAUGAGAAUGAUUCAAGUCGCCCCAAAAGAAGAAAGGCAAAGAAGCGGGGUAAGUCCCGUUCUAAAGAAGGUAAUUCAUAUAGUGCAGUGACAAUGGUUGGUGCUGAUGGGCCAUCUGGGGAUGACAGCUCUGAGUGGGCUUCAAAAGAGCUUCUGGAGUUUGUUAUGCACAUGAGAAAUGGAGACAAAUCUGUUUUAUCUCAGUUUGAUGUGCAGGCUCUCUUGCUAGAGUAUAUUAAAAGAAAUAAGCUUCGAGAUCCUCGCCGAAAAAGUCAGAUUAUUUGUGAUGCAAGACUUCAAAAUCUUUUUGGUAAACCAAGAGUUGGACAUUUUGAGAUGUUAAAGCUUCUUGAGUCCCAUUUCCUUCUAAAAGAGGAUUCUCAGGCCGAAGAUCUGCAGGGAAGUGUUGUUGACACAGAAGUUAGUCAUUUGGAAGGAGAUGGUAAUCCCAAUCCAUAUAUGAAAGCUGGCAAAGAUAAGAGGCGUAAAAAUCGCAAAAAGGGUGAUGAGAGAGGACUUCAAACUAAUGUUGAUGAUUAUGCUGCUAUUGAUAAUCAUAAUAUUAAUUUAAUUUAUCUACGACGUAAUUUGGUUGAAGAUCUACUUGAAGAUACAGAGAAGUUUAAUGACAAAGUUGUUGGUUCUUUUGUGAGAAUAAGAAUUUCGGGUAGUGGUCAAAAACAAGACUUGUAUAGGCUGGUUCAGGUUGUAGGUACAUGCAAAGCAGCGGAGCCAUAUAAAGUUGGUAAAAGGAUGACAGAUACGUUGCUAGAAAUCUUAAAUUUAAACAAGACAGAGAUUGUAUCAAUUGAUAUUAUCUCAAAUCAGGAGUUCACUGAGGAUGAAUGCAAGCGGCUCCGCCAAAGCAUAAAGUGUGGUCUCAUAAAUCGGCUAACUGUGGGUGACAUACAGGACAAAGCAUUGGUGCUUCAGGCAGUUAGAGUAAAAGAUUGGCUAGAAACAGAGAUAGUGCGACUGAGUCAUCUCCGUGAUAGAGCUAGCGAGAAAGGACAGAAAUUACAGCUUUUAAAGACACCUGAAGAACGUCAACGUAGGUUGGAGGAAAUUCCAGAGAUACAUGUGGAUCCAAACAUGGAUCCCAGUUAUGAGUCUGAAGAUGAUGAAGAUGAAAUGGAUGAUAAAAGACAAGAAAACUACAUGAGACCUAGAGGGUCUUCUUCCUUUGGAAGGAGGGGGAGAGAUAUUGUUUCUCCUAGAAGUAAUGAUUCUUGGAGUGGAACGAGGAAUUAUUCUAAUGUGAAUCAGGAACUUAGCAGAAAUUUGUCCAAUAAGGGAUUUUCAAUCAAAGGUGAUAAUGCUUCUAAUGUUAACGAGGUUCUGACCGAUACACAAUUUCACCAGGGAAGAGAUAGGGAAUCACAACUAUCGAAUAGCUGGGAGAGGCAAAAGCUCUCUUCAAGCUUGGAAAGUGGUGCUAAAAGCACCCAAUCAUUGGUAACAUCUGAUUCUUUCACUACCGCUGUAUUAGAAGCUUCUGCAGUACCAUCCUCUGUUGGAAUAGCUCCUCCAGCUGUGAAAGUUAAUGAAACUGAAAAGACCUGGCAUUACCAGGAUCCUUCCGGAAAAGUUCAGGGACCAUUUUCCAUGGUGCAGUUACGUAAAUGGAGUAAUACAGGAUACUUUCCUGCUGAUUUGAGAAUUUGGAGAACUACUGAGAAGCAAGAUGAUUCUAUACUUUUAACAGAUGCCUUAGCAGGGAAUUUUUCUAAAGAACCACCGAUGGUGGAUAAUGCUCAAAAGGUGCAUGAUUUACAUUACCCAGCCUCGUUCUCUAGGAAGUCUGCACAAGGUAUGGAAGGUCAAGUUGGAGAAAGAACAACAUUUGAUCACAAUAGUGGGUCUUGGAAUUCACAUAGUACUCUUGGUUCUCCAGUACAAACUACAGGCGGAAGUUGGAGAUCUAAAGAUAAUAUGAAUUCUUUAGCAAAUAGAACCUCUCCAUUGGCAGUUGAGAUCCCAAAGAACCCAGCAAAUGGCUUGGGUUCUGAUGCUGGUGGUAGAAAUGAAGCAACAAAUCUUCCUUCACCUACACCUCAGACUACUCCUGGUGUGACCAAGGGGCAGGCUUUUGAAAAUAAAUGGUCACCAACACCUGUCCAGCUUCCUGGGUCUCUCGUAGGAAAUUCAUUCCCAGGUAAUCAUGGAGGUUUGCAGACCUCUGUGGUACUGCACCCAGAGCAUGCUGUACAAAAUCCUGAAAAGGCUUCCUGUUCACAACCUGGUAUUAGCUCAGCGUCUACAGAUAAUACUAAGUUACAUCCUCAUCCAACAGCAGUGGCACCUGUCCUGCCUUCAGGGGUUGACCUCAAAAUGGCAGGUACAAAUAUGCAAAACCAGGUUGUGCGUAGCCACAACUCUCAUGCUGAAGCUCAAGGGUGGGGUUCUGCUGGGGUUCCAAAGCCAGAACUACAGGCUUGGGGAGGUGUAUCAUCUCAACUAAAUAAUCCUGCGACUAUGCCUGUCCAGCCAGCAUCCCAUGGCCCCUGGGGCGAUGCUUCAUCUGUGCAAAACACUGCCUCGUUUAACAGUGGAAAUCCAUCUGCAAGUUUACCCACACCUGGAUUUCUGGGAAUGAAUACAGCCGAGCCUUGGAGACCACCACCCUCAAGUAGUCAGCCAAACAUCACAGCUCCAUCUCCAGCUCCACCCAACAUGCCUUGGGGAAUGGGCAUGCCAGGAAAUCAGAAUAUGAACUGGAGUGGGGUUGUACCUGCCAAUAUGAACGUAAACUGGAUGCCUGCACAGGUGCAAGCAUCAGGAAAUUCAAAUCCAGGAUGGGCUGCUCCUAGUCAGGGGCUACCUCCAGUGAAUGCAGUUGGUUGGGUUGGACCUGGUCAAGGCCGUUCCCAUGUCAAUGUGAAUGCAGGUUGGGUUGGGCCUGGUCAGGGUCUAGCCGCUGGAAAUGGAAAUCCUGCUUGGACUGCACCGGCUGGGAAUCCGGGCAUGUGGGGAAGUGAGCAAAGUCAUAAUGGAGACCGGUUCCCCAACCAAGGGGAUCGUGGUACACACAAUAGAGAUUCUGGUUAUGGUGGUAAAGCCUGGAACAGGCAGUCAUCAUUUGGCAGAGGAGGUUCUUCCAGGCCUCCUCCUUUUGGUGGACAACGAGGAGUUUGCAAGUAUCAUGAGAGUGGACAUUGCAGGAAGGGGGAUUCUUGUGAUUUUCUACACACUUAG